AUGAUGGAAGCCUUCUCUCAAAGCGAUAACGGCAAAAGAAGACGAGAAGAUGGAGAGGAACUGAAAAGAAGUCGGAUGUACAUUGAACGCCAGGUGGAGGACCUGGAGUGGCCCAUCUACAACCAUCCUGAGGGUGGCAUCGUCAAGGUUACACCUUGGGGCAUCCUUCGACAAUAUACAGACAGUGACGGUAAUGCCAUCACCAGCUUUGAGGAUAAGGACUUUUCAGAGUUGAAGAUGGAACCGCAGGAAAUUUCAUAUUUUCCACUGACUCCGCAAUCCUUUUGCCCCCCUCAUAAUCCGCUGCCGCCACCCCAAGCGAAGCAGUUUGGUCAGUUCCAGUUGUCUCCCUCGAACGAGGUUGAAGGCUACGUUGUUGAUGGCUAUCAGCUCAAUACACCUCCUCAACAGUACGAACAGGAGCACGAGCAUUACUUCGGGAUGGACGAAGGAGAUGUCACGAUGUGA